AGCUAAAAAGGAAAGAGAUAAGGAAAAUCUGUCUUCCGAGGGAUUUUUUUUUUUUUUUCUAGGAAAUUGCAGUAUUAAGGGUUAAACUUCUAAGGAGUACGUCUUCCUUAGAUCAUAACCGUUAGAUUGACCUUAUGAUUCACGGUCCUUAACUUAAUACCAUCUUUCAAUCAUCAAUGGAGCACGUCCUCAUCCUGGAUGGAGUAUCAGUUAAUGCCUCUCUCUCUCUCUCUCCUCUGUGACCCACCGCAGGUUUCUCUUCUUCUUCCAGUGUUGAGUGUAAAGUUUUCUACUGCCUAGUAGGGCCAUGGAUCUCUUUUCUAAUGUCGAUUUCCUCAUCUUGAUUCCGAGACACCAUUGUUUUCCUUCUUAAGUCUUCUUCUGAACCGUUCUUCUCUUUAUCCUUUCUGCAUUCCUCCCUGAACCUGUGUAAUUUCUUUUUCUUCUUCUUCUUCGUUUCUUAAAGAAUAUAAUCUUGUUGUUCACCUGUCUCAGUUUUUUAUAACGAGACUAAUGGAGUGUUAAGAUCACCUAAUCCAACACCUACUCGUUCAAAUGCGCUAAGUUUUAAUUUUAAUCUAUUCUUAUUACUAUUAUAUAUUGGAUUAAUUUGUUCCAAUCUUCAGGCCUUCAUCUUUCUCUUUUUGCUCCUUUUUUUGUGAGUUAGGAUGCUCUGUAUAAGCCUCUAAUCCAAGUUUCCGAUCCUGGUUUUUUUUUUUUUCGAAAUGUCAGUUCUAGAAAUGUCCCACCUUGAAUUAGAACGAGGGGGUCACCACCGCUCUCCCGCUGGCAGUGACGGAAGCGUCUGUUUCUCCGAUGCCGACGAGGGGUCAUGCCAUUCCCUGUUCUAUUCCACCGCCGCUGGAUCAUACGAUGAUUGCAGGUUCGAUUGUGCGUCUGAUCCUGAGAAUGGAGAAGCCUCAGAUUCGCGGCGACUCUCGUCGGUGUCGGGUUGUUCGGUGGAGAUCGAAGUUGAAGGCGGGGUUCCUGAGAUUAAGAUGCAUUUGGCCAGAGCAGAGAGAGAUUGUAGAAUUUGUCAACUGAGCUUGGAGAGUACCAAUCACGAGUCUGGAAUCCCUAUUGAAUUGGGUUGUUCGUGCAAGGACGAUUUGGCUGCUGCCCACAAGCACUGCGCUGAGGCCUGGUUCAAGAUCAAGGGGAAUAAGACCUGCGAAAUUUGUAAUUCUGUUGCAUCCAAUGUUGCUGGUGCGAAUGAGGUUGGGACAACCGAGCAGUCAAGUGAGAUCAACAAUGCCAUUUCCACAACUGUAGCCUCUGCAACGAUGCACCACACAGAAACACAAAGCUUCUGGCAUGGUCACCGCUUCCUGAAUUUCCUGCUGGCUUGCAUGGUAUUUGCUUUUGUCCUGUCUUGGCUCUUUCACUUCAACGUGCCGUCAUGAGAUCCUAGAGAAGAGUUUGUGUGCGAAAUAUAUGUAUAUAAAAUUAAAAAUGGAAACCUGAAGAGUACUAAAAGAUAUAUUCUGUGUAUGAAGCUGCAGAAUUCGAUUGAUACCAUGAUGAAAAACAGGGUAUCGCUUCGAGCUCUGGUCGUUUUAUAUAGCGUAUCCACAGUUCUAUCUGCUAAUGCGAUUAGAGCUUUUCUUCAUGACAAUAUUAGCUCCAUCGGGCCUUCAAAUUCCAUGUUUUAUAAUGUGUUUUGCUGGUGUUUUGUAUUGUAUUAUUAUUCUUCCUCCAUUGUUUUUUUUUGCGUUUGAAAGGAUUUGUUUGGGAGUGAGAAUUUCUCUUUUCCCCUUUUA